CCCUCUCUCCUCUGUCCUCUCUCUCUGUCUCUGUCUCUGUAAGCUGCUUGGUCGUCUCUGGCGGUGCUCCGGCGUCUCUGAAUGAUCACCGUCUCCUGCAAAUCGAAAUGCGAGGGUUUUGAUCAUCGAACCAAUCCGCCAUUUUUGCUCCACUCACACCUCCUUCUUGCUUCUCUCUCUCUCUCGCUCUCUCUCUCUAACUCUCUCUUUGAAGCUGCACCAGUGAUUAUAAUACAUAUGGAAACCGAGGGGGUAUUAUACGAGCGAAUAAUAUAAUAGAUUGCAUUCCGCCGUAGCUGCUUGGUGCAAGUUGGAGCUGCGAUCUGUAGAUCUAAGGGCAAGGCCAUGGGAAAUGCCAACGGGAGAGAAGAAGUACCCCGCGGCGACGCCGAGAGAGACGACGCUCCCGCCAGAUCAAACGGGGAGCGGGUUCCCCGCGAGAACCACGCGCCGGCUCCGCACACGCCUGGUCAAGCGCAGUCCUCUGAAUCCACGAGCCAUGCUCCUCCUGCCACCGCCGCACGCUCUCUCCCCCUCGUCUUCGCUCCUCAGAUUCCUACACCUCCGUUUCAGAUGAGUGAUGGCCCUGCCACUUUUAAUCAGAGUAGUCAGAAUGAGUCUCAAGGAAACAUUGAUCAUCCUUCUGAGGGAGGAAUACCCAUGCUCAUUGCAUGGCAAUAUGGUGGCAAUGAUGUGGUGGUCGAAGGAUCAUGGGACAAUUGGGGAUCUAGGAGAAGAUUACAGAGAUCCGGUAAAGAUUAUUCUAUCCUUUUGGUCCUACCAUCUGGCGUAUACCAUUAUAAGUUUAUUGUCGAUGGUCAAUUGAGAUAUAGUCCAGAUCUCCCCCAUACUACCGAUGAGAAUGGCCAAGUUUGUAAUAUUCUGGACGUUGAUGAUUAUAUUCCCGAAAACUUGGACAGUGUGGCUGAAUUUGAGGUUCCAACAUCACCUGAUUCUGGCUACAGUCAGUUGCUUCCUGCUGAGGAAGAUUUUACGAAGGAGCCGGUGGUGGUUCCUCCUCAUCUUCGUCUAACUGUUCUGGAUACAGAAAAUUCAGAUGAAACUGCUCCGCUCAAGCCCCAACAUGUCGUACUUAAUCACCUUUUCUUAGAGAAAGGAGGGACCCCUCAGUCGGUAGUUGCUUUAGGAUUGACUCAUAGGUUUCAGUCCAAGUAUGUAACUGUUGUGCUCUACAAGCAGCUCAGAAGGUAAAUAUCUCAUUUUGUUCUGACUUUGUAAAGAUAGACUUCUCUUUUGGGCAAAGCUGUCUUGUUGAUAACAACACUCUCUCGUAUUCAGCCCUCUGUGUGGCUGUAGUACUCAAGA